AUUUGCAUUUGCAUUGCAGCAUAAACCCCUGAAACAGACAUUGAGCAAAAGAAAGGAAGAGAAGAAGAAGAUUAACAGAAGAACAGGGAAAGAGAGAUGAGCGACGGAGGAAAACGACAAGGUGGAAGAGCGUUGCCUCCGCCACCACGCGGCCCGCCGCCUCCUCCUCCCUCUCGCCCUCGCCUCGAACCUGUCGAUCGCGAAAAGACAUGUCCGUUGCUGCUGCGAGUGUUCACCAAGACCGGAGGUCACCACUCGAUGGAAGACUUCGCCGUCAGAGGAAAAGAGCCAAAGGACGAAGUCCAGAUUUACACCUGGAAGGACGCUACUCUCCGAGAACUCACCGAUCUUGUUAAAGAAGUUGCCCCCGCUGCGAGAAGAAGAAACGCCAAGCUUUCAUUCGCCUUCGUGUUUCCUGAUAAAAACGGCCGGUUCAAAGUUCAAGAGGUGGGUAAGACAUUAUCUUAUGGAAAUGGAAGAUUGGAUGAUGGCAAGGCUUUAGCUGAACUUGGUUUUGAGAUUGGUGAUUACUUGGAUGUGGCUAUUCUGUAGUUUAUUGUGGAUACUGAAUAGCAUCUCGCAAUUGUUACGCGUUUUGGGCUGCUCAUUAGAUUUAUUUUAGAGUUAAAAAGACUGUACCAUGGAAAUAUUUAACUGUUAAGUGUUAUAUGAAACUCAUACAAGUCCAGCUUAUUUGGUUGCAAAAAAUGAUAGAUUGACUAUUUCUAAUCCC